AUGGCAAGCGAUACUGGAGAAGCGCAAUUACAAGUGCGAUUCACUACGAAACAAGAGCAGUAUGCAGUUCCCGACAGCCCUUACGCUAUUCAAAGUAAUGUUCAGCCAUUGGAGCUUAAUACUCUUCUUAACGCGUUAUUGAAGGAAACUGCAGCUUCAAUUGAGAAGGUCGUAGAAUUUGAUUUCUUAAUAUGUGGGGAAUUGCUUUGUACAUCCUUAGCAGAGCAUUUGCAAGAUAAAGGUAUUUCAACAGAAGAAACCCUAGAAAUAGAAUAUUUGGAAAGAUUUCCUGCUCCAAGUCCUCAAGACUGUUUGAUGCAUGAUGAUUGGGUUUCAGCCGUCCAUACACAUGGAAAUUGGAUUUUGUCAGGAAGCUAUGAUAACAGUAUUCAUAUUUGGAACACAAAAGGACAACACAAACUUGCUAUUCCUGGUCACACAUCUCCUGUGAAGGCAGUUUCUUGGGUUUCAUUCAGUGGAGAUCAAGCUGUCUUUGCAAGUGGUUCCCAUGAUCAAUCAGCUAUGUUGUGGGUUUGGAAUGUGUCUGGAAACUCGGUUGAUUGUGUAGUGACUUGCCGCGGCCAUGAUAAAGGAGUGGAAUGCUUAGCAGUAUCUGCUGAUUCUAAAUGUUUUGCCACUGGAAGUUGGGAUAAUAAUGUAUGCUUAUGGAGUACAAGUCUUUCUGAUGAAGAUAAUGUGCCAGUGAAAAAGAAACAUAAACCAGAACAAGGGAAUAUAAGAGAACCUACAACCACCUUAAAAGGUCAUCGUGAAGCAGUAUCUGGUGUACAAUGGAUGGACUUCAAUACAGUUAUAUCUAGUGGUUGGGAUCACCUACUUAAAAUUUGGGAUUGUGAAUUAGGUGGCAUCAAACAAGAAAUUGCAGGCAACAAAGCAUUUUUCGAUGUGGACUGGUCACCACUAAACAAUAGCCUUAUUACUGCCUCAGCAGAUAGACACAUUCGUCUUUAUGAUCCCAGAUCGACAGAUAGCAUUGUGAAAACCACAUACACAUCACACACGGGCUGGGUGCAGUCGGUCCGUUGGUCUAAAACGAAAGAUACACUUUUCCUUUCCGCUGGCUAUGACGGAUUUGUUAAACUUUGGGAAACUAGGAGUCCAAAGACACCACUAUACGAUUUAAGUGGGCACGAAGAUAAAGUGUUAUGCUGCGACUGGUCGAACCAAUCUUUCUUAGUCACGGGCUCGUGUGACAACACUUUGAGAAUAUUCAAAUCGAAACAUGCUAUUGGUAUAAAACCAAUUUUUUGUCAA